AUGCCUGGAUCGAUGGGAAAUCUCUUCGGCUUCUCACAAUCGACUGCCAGAGUUAUUAACAAGGAAGAUAUAAAAACAACUUUUAAAGACGUGGCUGGUUGCGAAGAAGCAAAAAUUAAAAUUAUGGAAUUUGUAAAUUUUUUGAAGAAUCCUCAACAAUAUCGGGCGCUUGGUGCAAAAAUUCUAAAGGGUGCACUUCUCACUGGUCCACAAGGAAUUGGAAAAACUUUGCUUGCCAAGGCAACUGCCGGAGAGGCGAAUGUACCUUUCUUCACUGUUUCUGGCUCAGAAUUCCUUGAGAUGUUUGUUGGUGUUGGCCCCGGACGUGUGAGAGAUAUGUUCGAAAUGGCCCGAAAGAAAUCGCCUUGCAUUCUUUAUAUUGAUGAGAUUGAUGCUAUUGGGAAAAAACGAGGCGGUCGCUCUUCUAUUGGAGGACAUUUUGAACAGCAAAAUACGCUCAACCAGUUACUUGUGGAAAUGGAUGGCUUCUCUACUGAGGAGGCCAAUGUUGUAGUAAUCGCAGCAACAAAUCGAUCAGAUGUGUUAGAUCCGGCACUUAUGCGACCUGGACGCUUUGACAGACAAAUUUUUAUACCUGUCCCGGAUAUCAAGGGGCGAGCGUCUAUUUUCCGUGUUCAUUUAAAACCGAUAAAGACUAGUCUGGAUAAAGUGGAAUUAUCAAGAAAAUUAGCUGCUCAUACACCCGGAUUCUCAGGAGCUGAUGUAGCAAACGUUUGUAAUGAGGCUGCAUUAAUCGCUGCUCGUGAUGCUCAUGAUGAAGUGACUGCAAAGGAUUUUGAAAAGGCUAUUGAAAGAGUUGUUGCUGGGAUGGAAAAGAAAAGUCAAGUACUGCAACCUGAUGAAAAAAGACAGUCGCCUACCACGAAGCCGGACAUGCAGUUGCUGGAUGGUUUUUGGAAUUUGCUGAUCCGUUUUAAAAGUCUCAAUAAUGCCGCACGGCAAAGGACUUGGAUAUGCUCAAUAUAUGCCAAAAGAUCAAUAUCUUUAUUCUAA